CGUAGUUGUCGUCAUCAUCGGCGGCAGAUCCAGCAUGUGAAGUGAGCCGUAGGGAAAAUGCAAUUUCCACGAACGCACACACGCUAAACGGGGUGACGGGACAAGCGGGAAAAGUGGAAAACAGGAAAGGUGGAAGAGCGGAAAAGCGAGCGAAGCAGAACAGAUCGCCAAAGGACAACGGUGAGUCGCAGUGUUACCUUCCUGGACCGCGGACCGAGUGCAGAGUUCGGCUGGCUACGCUCGUGCCGCGAUCGGCGUACACUGCCACGCCCCCCGGCACAACGCCCACGCCCAGGUCCCCGGCACGCCGCCUCAGCAUGGAUCGCAGCGGAAGCGCAAACAAUGGCUCCGAAUUUGGCGGCUGCGGCGGCGGCGGUGGCGCCUCCGUCGGUGCCGCUACCACGACGGGUCGAGCCAACAACGCUCCUUGGAGCAAUGACAAGGAGUCGCCAAAUAAUGAGGAUGACUCCAACGAGGAUGACGGCGAUAAUGCAUCGCCAGCUAAAGUUACCGAUCCACUGGCCCCACGAUUGGCCAACAACGAGCGAAUUUUGGUGGUAUCUGUGACUGAGAGGACUCGAGAGACUUGGGGCCAAAAGGCGGAAUUCCUGCUGGCCGUGAUUGGAUUUGCCGUUGACCUGGGCAAUGUGUGGCGAUUUCCGUACAUUUGCUAUCAAAAUGGAGGAGGUGCCUUCCUGGUGCCCUACUGCCUCUUCCUCAUCUUUGGCGGUUUGCCCCUCUUCUACAUGGAACUGGCCCUAGGACAGUUUCAUCGUUGUGGCUGCCUCAGCAUCUGGAAGCGUAUCUGUCCGGCCCUGAAAGGUGUUGGCUAUGCGAUCUGCCUGAUUGACAUUUAUAUGGGCAUGUACUAUAACACGAUUAUUGGCUGGGCGGUGUAUUAUCUCUUUGCCUCGUUCACCUCCAAACUGCCCUGGACGUCCUGCGAUAAUCCCUGGAACACCAAUAACUGUAUGCCGGUGACCAGCGAGAAUUUCACCGAAUUGUCCACCUCACCGGCCAAGGAGUUCUUUGAACGACGAGUGCUGGAGAGCUACAAGGGCAAUGGGUUGGACUUUAUGGGUCCUGUGAAGCCUACGCUGGCACUUUGUGUCUUUGGCGUCUUCGUCUUGGUGUAUUUCUCUCUGUGGAAGGGAGUACGGAGUGCUGGUAAGGUGGUUUGGGUAACCGCACUGGCACCCUAUGUGGUGCUGAUUAUCCUCCUGGUUCGAGGAGUAUCUCUGCCCGGAGCGGACGAGGGCAUCAAGUAUUAUUUGACACCGGAGUGGCAUAAGCUGAAGAAUUCCAAGGUGUGGAUAGAUGCCGCCUCGCAGAUAUUCUUCUCCUUGGGUCCUGGCUUCGGGACACUGCUGGCCCUGUCCAGCUAUAAUAAGUUUAAUAACAAUUGCUACCGGGAUGCCCUCAUCACGAGCAGCAUUAAUUGUUUGACCAGUUUUUUGGCCGGAUUUGUCAUCUUCUCCGUGCUGGGGUACAUGGCUUACGUCCAAAAGACCUCCAUUGAUAAAGUGGGACUGGAAGGUCCUGGCUUGGUAUUCAUUGUAUAUCCGGAGGCCAUAGCCACAAUGAGUGGCUCUGUGUUUUGGAGCAUCAUCUUCUUCCUGAUGCUUAUUACACUGGGUUUGGACAGCACCUUUGGCGGACUGGAGGCGAUGAUUACAGCACUGUGUGAUGAGUAUCCACGUGUGAUUGGACGACGAAGAGAGCUAUUCGUCCUGCUGCUGCUGGCCUUCAUCUUCCUGUGUGCUCUGCCAACGAUGACCUACGGCGGCGUGGUGCUGGUCAACUUCCUGAAUGUCUAUGGACCCGGCUUGGCCAUUCUUUUUGUGGUCUUUGUUGAGGCAGCCGGAGUUUUUUGGUUCUAUGGAGUGGACCGUUUUAGCUCCGAUGUGGAGCAGAUGCUGGGCUCCAAGCCCGGCCUCUUCUGGCGCAUCUGCUGGACCUACAUCAGUCCCGUGUUCCUGCUGGUUAGUUUUAAUCAAGAGCUCGACAAAAAGAAAUAUUCCAAUACAAAUUCUUCCCCUGACAGACCAUUUUCAUCUUCUCCAUACUGGGUUACAAGGAGAUGCUUGGCGAGGAAUACUACUACCCCGACUGGAGCUUCCAGGUGGGCUGGGCUGUCACUUGCUCCUCGGUGCUGUGCAUUCCCAUGUACAUCAUCUACAAGUUGUUCUUCGCCUCGAAGGGCGGCUGCCGGCAGCGGUUGCAAGAGUCCUUCAAACCGGACGAUAGCUGCGGAUCGGUGGUGCCCGGCCAGCAGGGCACCUCGGUGUGACAUGACCACGCCCAGGUACACCUCAAUAUCCGCACCAGCUGCACAAGCAUCAAGAUCUACAACCUCAACUGCAGCAGCAACAACAGCUUGUCACCAACAACCUCAGGGGCCGACGCUCUCCACACAAAAAAUCUCAACUGCAACUGCAACCACAGCUUCCCGCUGCCGCCGGAGGAUCCGCCUCAGUACCGUAGUAGCCGGUAUCAGCAUCGGAUUAGCAGCGAUAUCAUAAGUGCUAGUCUUAGGCAGUCGCAUAGCCAUAGUUUAAGCCUCUGCUCGGUGCAGAGCAAUCCCAUGGCGACCACAAGGAUGCCACUUGCUGCCGAGGACAAUAACUGCUCGCUAAGACUCAGUAGCUGCCAGCCGCUCAAGUUCCCGCUGGCCAGCGAGUGGCUGGUCUAAGGGGGAGUCAUAACCCUUCUGUUGGGAGUCCUGCAAAGCAGCCAUUUUGCAGGGCUCCUCAUGAAUGGUACAAUAUCAAUCACCACAGGGAGAGGCAUUCAAGAGGCCGAGGAACUCAACGUUAAAUCUAGUUUGAUUGCUUCGCAAGCACACAUAGUGAACCUAAGUAUUCUAGUUGUCCAGCCUUCAGUGGCAGUAGCCUUAGUUCGUAAGCGUUAACUAGCUUAGCUGUAAGUGAAGUGAAAUUUGGUAAAAUGCUUUCUAAGUAAUAACUGCUCUACGAUAGAGAUAACGCCCUGUACAAUGCAUUACUCACACACACAUUUUUCGCAUGCCUGGGAAAGGCAACCGUAAGACAGCCACUUGCAUUGCUUUUCCUACAUGCUCGUUGAUUUGGUUUUCAAUUAAAUAUAUAAUUUCGGUUUUACGAAAUAAGAAACAAAGGAGU